UCCCUCUCUCCGUCCCUCCCUCUCACCGCCGUUCCGACAUGGCGGCGGCCGGUGCGGUGCGGGCGGCCGGGCGCCGCUCCCGGCAGCUCUUCGACAUCUUCGUGGCUGAGAUUCCCUGGACGGUGUCGAGCAAGGAGCUGAAGGAAUACUUCUCCCAGUUCGGGUCGGUGCAGAGGUGCCAGCUGCCGUUCGACAGAGAUACAGGCUUUCACAGACGUUAUUGCUGGAUUAAAUUCUCAACUCCAGAAGAAGUUCAGAAUGUGUUACAGAAGGACCCCCACAUUCUUGAAGGUUCCAAGCUCACUCUCAAACAGCAGAUCCGUAGAAGACACAGUCAAAGAAAGAGUCAAAGUGAGUGAGUGGAAGGAGGCUUUAUUUCACUAAAUGUAAAGAAACUAAAAUAAAGAUUACUGAGAAACUA